GAGGAAAACUACACUUCCCAGGAAGCAAUGGGGCCUGCCAUGUUUUUCCCGUGCUUCUCUCUGCCAGCGGCGCGACGUGCUGUGGGCGCUAUAGCAACGGGUUAGCUACCCGCCGAGAGAGAGUGGCGAUAGGCCAUGUCUGGUCCAGCCGAUGAGACUGCAGGAGACCUGCCUGUGAAAGAUACAGGUCCCAACCUCUUCGGAGUGGGAGGGUUACACGAAACUUCCGCAACACGAACGAUGAAGUCUCACCAGGCCGUGUCACGGAUCAGUCGUGAGGAACUGGAGGACAGAUUUUUGCGUUUGCAUGAUGAGAACAUUCUACUUAAACAGCAUGCCCGCAAGCAAGAGGAUAAAAUUAAAAGAAUGGCCACCAAGUUAAUACGGCUAGUUAAUGACAAGAAAAGAUGCGAGCGGGUUGGUGGCGGCCCCAAGCGGCUGGGACGAGACGUGGAGAUGGAAGAAAUGAUGGAGCAGCUGCAGGAGAAAGUGCAUGAGCUGGAAAGACAAAACGAAGUCCUCAAAAACAGACUGAUUUCAGCCAAGCAGCAACUUCAAAUCCAGGGCCACAGGCAAACCCCGUACAAUUACGUGCACUCCCGUGUAAACACCGGGCGUAGAAAAGCAAAUGAAAGUACAGGCUCGCAGGACCGCCCCGGGAAAGGUAUUAGAUUCCAAGACGUAGAUGAAGAUCAACCCAUGCUUACAAAAUACGGCAACAGUUUACUGGAAGAAGCCAGAGGAGAAAUAAGACAUUUAGAAGAUGUUGUUCAGUCCCAGAGAGGCCAGAUAGAAGAGUUAGAGCAGCUGGUUGAGAUCCUGAAAACCCAGUUACGGAGAAAAGAAAAUGAAAUUGAGUUGUCUCUGCUUCAGCUUCGAGAGCAGCAGGCUACAGAUCAAAGGUCAAACAUUCGAGACAAUGUAGAAAUGAUUAAGCUUCAUAAGCAACUAGUGGAGAAAAGCAAUGCUCUUUCGGUAAUGGAAGGAAAAUUUAUCCAGCUUCAGGAGAAGCAAAAAACUCUCAGGAUCAGCCACGAUGCCUUGAUGGCGAACGGAGAGGAGCUAACCAAGCAGCUGAAGGAGCAGCGCGCCAAGUGCCACGGCCUGGAGAAGCAGCUGCGGGCCGUCACAUUCUCCGAGAGGAGGGCGGAGGAGCUGCAAGAUAGAAUUAAUGAUUUAGAAAAGGAGCGGGAACUUUUAAAGGAAAACUAUGAUAAACUCUAUAACAGUGCCUUCAGCCCCGCCCCUGAGGAGCAGUGGAAGUUAAAGGAACAGCAGCUGAAGGUGCAGAUCGCUCAGCUCGAGACGGCCUUAAAAUCCGAUCUAACAGACAAAACUGAGAUCCUUGACCGGUUAAAAACCGAAAGAGAGCAAAAUGAGAAACUGGUUCAAGAAAACAGAGAGCUGCAGUUACACUCCCUCGAACAAAAGCAACAACUUGAUGAACUUAAAAACCGAGUGAAGUUUUACAACCAGGAGAGUGACAUUAAUGCUGAUGAGCUGAGUGAAGCCCUUCUGCUUAUAAAGGCUCAAAAAUCACAGAAAAAUGGAGACCUUUCCUUUUUAGAGAAAGUGGACAAUAAAGUUAAUAAAGAUCUAGAACACUCCCUGAGAGAGCUGCAAGCAACUCAUGCAGAAACGGUGCAAGAACUUGAAAAGACAAGGAACAUGCUAAUUAUGCAACAUAAAAUUAAUAAAGAUUAUCAGAUGGAGGUUGAGGCAUUGACCCAGAGGACGGAGAAUCUGCAGCAGGAUUACGAACUCAGAGCGGAGCAGUACGUUCACCUUCUUGACAUCAGGGCGGCGCGCAUCCAGAAACUGGAAGCCCAACUAAAGGACAUUGCCUACGGCACCAAACAGUACAAAUUUAAACCAGAAAUCACGCCAGACGACUCCGUUGAUGAAUUCGACGAAACCAUUCACUUGGAACGAGGCGAAAACCUCCUUGAAAUCCACAUCAACAAAGUGACCUUUUCCUCUGAAGUUUUACAGGCAUCCGGCGACAAAGAGCCUGUCACUUUCUGUACCUAUGCUUUCUAUGACUUUGAACUGCAGACGACUCCAGUCGUGCGGGGCCUUCACCCAGAAUACAACUUGACCUCUCGGUACCUCGUGCAUGUCAACGACCUGUUCCUGCACUAUAUUCAGAGGACCACUGUCACUCUGGAGGUGCACCAAGCAUACGGACCAGACUAUGAAACAAUCGCAGCGUGUCAGUUGAGAUUCCACGAACUUCUAGAAAAGAGCGGUAGAAUAUUUUGCACAGCAAGUUUGGUUGGAACUAAAGGAGACAUCCCAAAUUUUGGCACAGUGGAAUACUGGCUCCAAUUAAGAGUUCCUGCGGACCAAGCAAUUCGACUUUAUCGGGAACGGGCAAAGGCUUUGGGAUAUAUAGCAUCAAAUUUUAAGGGGCCAGAGCAAACACCAUGGUUGAGUCAACAAGCAUCCAAAACGGCUCAGCCCAGUUCUGCUGACUCCGGAGACGGCAACCUGAAUGAACUUCACAUUACCGUGCGGGGCUGUAACCAGCUGCGGCCCCGAGCAGGCCGCCUCCAGCCACACCCCUAUGUCAUGUACAAGUUUUUUGACUUCACCGACCACGAUACGGCCAUCAUUCCCAGUAGCAAUGACCCACAAUUUGAUGAUCAUAGGUGCUACCCAGUGCCAAUGAACAUGGAUUUGGAUCGAUACCUUAAGUCAGAGUCUCUGAGUUUUUACGUGUUCGAUGACAGCGAUACCCAGGAGAAUAUUUAUAUAGGAAAAGCCACUGUGCCUCUCAUUUCAUUGGCACAUGACAGGUGUAUCUCAGGAAUAUUCGAGUUGACAGACCAUGAACAGCACCCGGCAGGAACCAUUCAUGUUACAUUGAAGUGGAAAUUUGCUUACCUUCCACCAAGUAAAUCCCUGACUUCUGAGGAGUUAGGAAAUGCCAUACACAAGGAGGAGUCGGAAGUUGUUCAGAGGAUACCUCCAGCACCCUCUGUGAGCACAGUAGUUGUGGCCCCGACACCUAAACCAAGACAGCGCCUCACAGCUGUCACGAAGAAGGUGUCUUUCGUGGACGAUGCCCCGCCACAUCAGGACGCCGAGCUACCUGCUGCCCCUGCGGAUGGGAAGGACGUGGUGGAGCACACACCGGAAGCAGAUAUGAGCACGCCCACGGUUUCACACAUGUCUGAGGUUUCCCCAGACAGCGGUGCCGACGGAGCAAGGGAGGGUGCUGAGCAGACGCAACGAGGGAGGAGCAGUGACGUGUCCUUCCUGUCCCAGGGCCAACUGGCAGAGCGCAGCCUGACUUCCUCCGAAGAUGAAACAGAAGUAACCGAGGAACUGGAACCGGAAGAUGAGGAAAACAGAUCAGCUUCCGACAGUGACGAGUGCAUCAUUCCCGGCCCUGUCCCCAAGCAGACGUCAGAGAAGAUUCGGAUCGAGAUCAUAGCCCUGAGCCUCAGUGACUCCCGAGUGACUGCGGACGACAGCAUCCGGCGGCUCUUCGUGGAGUGCCGGUUCUACAGCCUCCCGGCCGAGGAGACCCCCGUGUCCCUGCCCAAGCCCAGGCGUGGCCAGUGGGUCUACUUCAACUACAGCCACGUGAUCUACGUGGAUAAAGAGAACAACCAAGCGAAGAGAGACGUCUUAAAAGCUAUACUGCAAAAACAAGACAUGCCUCACAGAAGCAUCCGCUUCACUGUGGUCAGCGACCCGCCGGAGGAUGAGCAGGAGCUGGAGUGCGAGGACGUGGGCAUCGCGAACAUCGACCUCGCGGAGGCGUUUCGGGAAGGGAGAGACAUCGUGGAGCAAGACAUCGACGUGCUAGACGCCCGCACGGGCGGCGGGAGAAUCGGCCAGCUCCGGGUGACGGUCGAGGCGCUGCAGGCCCUCCAGUCCGUGCACGAGCAGUACAGAGACGACUUGGAGGCUCCUGCCCCUGAGUAAACGCCCCCACGACAGCCCUCGGACGAGCAGUGUGUGGUUACUCCGGUGCACAGCAUCUGCAGGUCGUGGGGAGCAGGGGGGGGCCCCGGGGCUGAAACGCUCCUGUUUUGUGUACUCGUUCACCUGUGUGUUUUGUCCCCGCCUUCCCUCGCCCGCCAUCCCUCAGGAUUCCAGGUCCCCACGCAGGGAACACCUGCUCCGUCAUUUACACCUGCCAGGUGGCAUAAGGAAGUCCACUCGCACUGGCAACACUUUCUUAGGAAGCACUGAAAUGCAAGUCCCAUUUCUAUUUUUAAUAAGCCGACAGCACACAUCUUCGAAAACCCAUGAAAAGGAAAUACUUUUGUGUUAUCCCUCGUCUUCCCAGUAAGUGGAAUGCCUAUGAUUAGCCUCAUUAGGAGUUUUAUACUGUGAAGAUUUUAUUAGAAGCAAUAUAUGAAAAUUACUUGGAUUAAUGUGUUAAUCCUCCUCUUUAAAGUGCUAAUAUCCAUUUUAUGCACAUCACAGCUCAGUGUGCAUUUUCACUGAUGCCUGCAGUUGCUAUCAAUUAAAUAUAAAGAAUGAGACUUGGCACCAACUUACUAAAUUACUGCAAGUUUUCUGGUUUUUUCCUCCUUCAAAAUUGCAGUUCUUCCUGUUGGCACUAUCUUGGUGGAUUCGGGAUGGUGAUGUGGAUAAUAGGGGCCAGGAAUGUGGGGACGGUGUGUAAAGGGGAGACAGGUUACAAGCAUAUGCCAACUUCAUACUUCAGAAACUGAGCUUUGGACAGAGAAAGAACUUGCUAAAAGCAUGGCUCAAGACGACAUGCUCCGUUAGACCCGAAAGGAGUAUCUUUCUAUCAUUUUUUAAAUGUACAUCAGGCUCGUACAAUGCUGGGUGUAUCUGGAUAACCAGAUCCUCAAAAAGCCACUCAGAAAGUUAAUUUUCUAGCUUUUGCCGGAUCUCGCCGAAGGAUUUAAUUGAUCUUUUUAAUGGAGCCGUGAAUCAGCACUGAGAAGGAAUUGUCUCUAGAGGUCUGGGCUAUAACGCAUUUCAUUUUUUAAUUUACUUUUUUAUUUGUCGUUUUCUUCAAAGGAUUUUUAUAGGCUGUGGGUUUUCACUGUUUGCAAACAGGCUAUGUUCCUUCCUAAGCAUAUGUAAAGUAUUCAGGGAGAUAAGUAAUUUAUUAAAAUCUACCUAAUUUGCCGUGAUAUAUUAAAUCUCUGCUUCAGUGAUCACAGACCAUUUCAUUUAGAGAAUUAGGCAUUCCCUCUUUGUGUGAUUAAAGCUCUGGAAAAUGAGUUCUUUGCUCCUAUUUGUGAACAUUCAAAGCUCGCUAAUGGCAAGAAGAUGGAAUAGAUUAUGAGACAAUUUAUUACAGUUCAGCAGAGAAAAAAAAGCAGCUACAAUGCAAAAAUGCAAGUAUGAAUAUCUGCCUAUGGUUUGAGCCAUCUGUGCUCUAGUGGCUUCAGAGGCGACCCCCGUCUCCGGGGGGCUUUGAAGCGGCAUCCGCACGGCGUCCGUGUGCUGGUGCGCCUCGGGGGGCCGGCCUCGGAAAUCUCCAAGUUCUGCUUCUGCCACCGGGCCUCCCUGUCUGGGGACUUCCGUCCCCAAGAGGAGUCAUGCUCUCCUCAGCCUCUGCGAGUCCCCACUGUAACUCAUUCCUCCGGAACCUUCGAGAGACCACAGACAUCUGUGGCCCGAGCCUCUCCAAGCCUAGUAAACAGUCCCGUGUCUGUUGCCACUUCAGCUGGCUCUGAGCUCAUCCUCUUGGCCUCUCCUUCCAGCUUUCUCUGGCUUUCAUGCAGCGACACCGUCAUUAAGGCCCAUCAGAGCCCCCGCAGUAACUCGAAACAGCCGGGCCGUACCCUGGGAUUAACCAAGUGGUUUCUGAGACAUUUAUUGUGGUAUUCUCCCAGGAGGUUUGUAUUACUGUUUUAAAACGUUACAUCCCAAACUAAAUACCCUUUCUGUUGCGGGGAGGACCGGAUUGUGCUGACUCCUUAAGUGUAGUCGGAGCAGGGGUUUCUUAGAAAACUUCUGAGACCUGAUCAGCGGUGUGGAAUGUGCACCCCCGAUAAGAUUGGGGGAAUAGCCUUGUUCUGUCCCCUUCAUGUGCACCUCGACGGAUCACUAAAGACCGCUUUUCCAGUUUCACCGUAUUCUCCAACAAACCUCAUUUUCCCAAGUGGCCGAACCGCCCCAUUGGCACACGAACCGCGUGUGGCGUGGGGCGCCCUCCUGUGGACGCUCCCGUUGGGCUGCUGACCUGUCCGAGGGCAGUUUCUCCUGUCCUGUGCUGGCCAGUGUGCUCUGAGCAGCUCACUGCCCCCUGGGUCUGGGGAGC